AUGAAAUUGAUGGUCGAACAAACGAAUGCCAUCCUUUUAAUCAAAGUUUCAACAGGAUUCUGCUUUCCUACAGAAAUGGAAACCAUGGAAGGUAACAACAUAACAACUGAAACCCUAGGUGGGCUUUCUUCAUCUUCUCAGCCACCCGCCCCACCUCAUACAACCUCGAAACCAACUCCGGAGGAAAUAUUCGGUGGCGACUUUGGGUCGAAAAACGGCAGCGGCGGCAGUGAGGUCGUUGUUACGACGGUCGUUGAAAAGACUGAGGUGACUAUCGUCAAGGUAGUUCAAGAAAACAAAGAUGACAUCGUCAUGUUUCAAGAAGGAGAAGCUUUCAGCCACUCUGUUACAGAGAAAACAGAGAAUAACAUUGAAGCUAAAGUGAACGAGAAGGAAGGGGCUUUUGGUCAUUUGCUUGAUGGUAUGAACAUAGAUUACAACAAUGAGGCUAAAGAAAAGGAGAAAGAAGGUGUUUUUGAUCAUUUGUUUGAUGGUAACGAGGGUAUAAACGUAAAUUUCACUGAUGAGAAGUUGGUUGCUGGUGAGGAUCUGAUGGAUGUCUGUUUACCCGAUCAUAAAGAGAAAAAACCCGAAAACAUUGCUGGUGUCUUUGAAUUCACAGAUGAUAUGAACGAAGAGAAGAACAAUGAAGGAAAUCUUGAAAAUGGAACCAAAUUAGCAGAAAACAAUGAAAGUGAAGAAGAAGAACAUGAUUUUGUGGUGGGUGAUUUUGUAUGGGGCAAAAUCAAGUCUCACCCAUGGUGGCCGGGUCAAAUAUACGACCCAUCAAACGCAUCAGAUUAUGCAAACUCUAUAAAAAGAAAAGGUCAUCUCUUAGUUGCUUAUUUUGGUGAUGGAUCAUUUUCAUGGUGUUCACCCUCUCAACUAAAACCAUUCAUCGAUCACUUUGAAGAAAUGUCAAAUCAAAGCGACUCCAAGAAGUUUGUACAUGCGGUUCGAACCGCUCUCAAAGCGGUUAACCAUCUUGUCGAAUCGGAACUGACCAGUAAAUGUCAAACCGUUGACCGGGCUGCCCGGGUUCCCAAUGUUGACAUGGCGAACAGUGGGAUUAAGCCUGGGGUGGAGGUCCCAAAAGGGAACACGAUUAGGGUUUUGAUCGAUCGAAUGAACCCGAUUGAGCUUCUUUUGAAGUUGGACACGUAUGCUACUAUUGACCCUGGUUUGAAAAUGGUUGAGCUUGAACUUGAACUAACCGUGGUUAAAAGCUGGUUGGGUGUGUUUUAUUUACAAAAAGGCGGUUACUUGCUUCCGGAAUACCAUGAUCCGAUGUGUAUCGAAGGUCUUGAAGACAAGUCAAGGAUCGGAAUCAACGAUUCCGAAGUAAACGGGCCGUCGGAAUGUGGAGAGAAUGGUGACGAUAAGUUGUAUCAGAAAAGGAAACAGAAAAGCGUGGCGGAGCUUUUGAGCGUCGAAGAUGAGCCGCCAAAGAUGAAGAAAGCGAAACCGGUGAAAGAGAGUGGCGGUUCGGGGAGGAAACGCAAGGCGGCGCUGGUAGUGGCGGUGCCGGAGUCACCGGAAAGUGACGGCGGUGGGGAGGACUCGAUGUGUUCGCCGCGCCAGAGGAAGAAAAGCAAGUAUUUGUCGCCGCCGUAUUUGAGUCCGGUUUGGAGUGGGAAGCUGUCAGGUUCGGGUUCUGGUUCUUUCAAAGAACCAAAACCCGAACCUGAAAAGGAAAAGGAAAAGGAAAAAGAAAAAGAAAAAGAUUCUGAAGCUACUGAUAAGCAGGUUGAGGAGUCUUCUUCUUCUUCUAGAAGGAAGCCUCGUCAGAAGAGACGUGUGCGUGAAGGAUCAGAUGAUCAGGAGGGUAAAAUCGUAAUUGAUGUGAAUGUGAAUGUCGACAAGGUUUUGAAUGGGUUGUUACUUGCGGCACUUGAUCCUUCGGGUUCUGUGGAGAAGAAGAAGCUUGGGGUUGUGACCCGGUUCGUUUCGUCCUUCCGGAGCUCCAUUUUUGAAAAUGGAUCUGAAUAUAAACCCGACCCAGAGGUGGAGGAAUCGGAUGUUGGGUUUGUGAAGAGGAAGAUUGAGGAGAUGAGGGAGAUGGUGAAUGGGUGUGAAGAAGAAGAUGAGAUGAAUGGUGAGGUGAAGGGGAGAUUGGAAGGGGUGAUAAUGGAGGUUCUUGAGAGGGUGAAGAAGUAA